AUGGGGUUAGCACCGUCCGGCCUUGGCGUGGGUGCCCCGGAUAGAGUUUCGGGACCCCUGAAAUCGCGCUACUGGCCCAAAGUUUGCCAUGGUUAUGAUGCUGCUUCUCUCUCUAGGGUUGCGGGGGUUGAGGUGCAGAAACCGCCACCAGUUCGUUUCGUUUCCGUUCGCUCGCUCGUGGGCUUCGGCCGACGUAUGUGCACGUCCAGAAAGGGCCCAAUUUCCGGCGUCCGAUCUGCGAAUUCUCUCAUGUUUUCCUGGAUGGACCCGAGAUGA